AUGGCUACCCUUUCUUAUCAAUUGUAUCUGGGUUUCAUAAUUACAAUUCAUUUGGGAAUUUUCUUGUUUUUGACAUCAUCAGUCGCCGCUGCCGGUGGUGAUUCAUCAGGCUCCGCCUCCGGCAAUGCUUCUAGCUCCUGCAGCAACCCCCACAUAAUGGUUAAGGUCAAGAUAUGGGUCAAUGGAGCUGAGAAGGAACCAGUGGGUGGGUUAAGUGCGGCAUUUGGCUCUAUUUUUCCCACCCACAUUAAAGAAGCCCACAGAUUGCCAGCUACAUUUUCAAAACCCUUAAAUAGCUGUACAGCUUCAUCUUCUAAGUUAUCAGGUUCUUUUGCAUUAGCUCAACGUGGUGAUUGUGAUUUCAUAACUAAGGCUAAAGUUGCAGAAGCAGGAGGAGCAGCAGGACUAGUGGUGAUAAAUGAUGGUGAAGGUCUUUUGGAGAUGAAUUGUGUUGGGAAUGAUACUGAUCUGAACAUUACCAUUCCUGUUGUCAUGAUUUCAAAGUCAGGAGGAGACGAAAUAGACAAAGCCAUGGAUCGUAGGGAGAAAGUGGAACUUUUGUUAUAUUCUCCAGAUCGCCCUAUUGUUGACUUCUCAGUGACAUUCUUGUGGCUAAUGUCUGUUGGGACAGUAGUUUGUGCGUCGCUUUGGUCUGAAUUUACUGUAUCGGAUCAAAGUGAUGAGCCGUAUGAUGAACUCUCACCAAAGGUAUCAUCCAAUGCAAUAGCUGCGAAGGAUGAUGAAGAAAUCCUGCAUAUAAGUACAAAAAGUGCUAUAGUUUUUGUGAUAACAGCAUCAACUUUUCUGGUGCUGCUUUACCUAUUUAUGUCAUCUUGGUUUGUCUGGCUGCUUAUUGGACUUUUCUGCAUCGGUGGUGUUGAGGGAAUGCAUACUUGCAUAGUAUCUUUGGUGUUGAGCAAAUGCAAAAAUUGUGGACAAAGGACUUUGAAUUUGCCACUUCUGGGGGAGGUUUCCAUUCUGUCUUUUGUAGUCUUGAUAUUCUGUGUGGUAUUUGCUGUUGUGUGGGCUGCAAAUAGGAAGGCAUCUUACUCUUGGGUUGGCCAAGACAUCCUUGGUAUUUGUUUGAUGAUAACUGUCUUGCAAUUGGCUCAAUUACCAAACAUUAAGGUUGCUACAGUACUUCUGUGUUGUGCAUUUCUUUACGACAUCUUUUGGGUCUUCCUAUCUCCUUUUAUAUUCCAUGACAGCGUUAUGAUUGAGGUUGCUAAAGGUAGUAAAAGUGGUGGAGAAUCCAUCCCAAUGCUUCUGAGAGUUCCUCGAACUUCUGAUCCUUGGAAUGGUUAUGACAUGAUAGGCUUUGGGGACAUUCUAUUCCCUGGUUUGCUAGUAUCUUUUGCAAAUAGAUUCGACAAAGCAAAUAAGAAGGGGAGACUAAAUGGGUACUUCCUUUGGCUGACAGUUGGCUAUGGUGUUGGUCUAUUUUUCACAUACCUAGGCCUGUAUCUAAUGAAUGGGCAUGGACAGCCCGCUCUCCUCUAUCUUGUUCCAUGUACACUAGGACUUUGUGUCAUAUUGGGUUUGGUUAGACAUGAGCUGAAACAACUUUGGAGUUUCGGUGCUAAGUCACCAGAACUCAACCCAACUACUGGACAGGCUUGA